GUCCCAUUUCCCCCCUCUUCUUCAUUCACUCGAGACUAUGCCAACAGGCAAUAUAAUGGAGCUCGGAACACCCCAAAUGCUCGGGGCCUGCCUCGCGGCCCUAAUCCUCUGGUACACCGUCUCCAGCGCGCUAGCCUGGCGCCGGUUACGGGCCUUUAACGGACCCGCACUCGCCUCCUUCUCCUACCUCUACAUCGCCCGGACGUCGCUCAGCGGGCGCAUGUGGGAGGUGUACCGCGACGCGAGCGCCAAGUACGGGCCGGUCGUCCGGAUCGGGCCCAACGAGCUCAUCACCGACGACCCGGAGAUCCUGCGGCGCACCUCGGGGGCGCGGUCGCGGUACACGCGGUCGUCGUGGUACGCGCUGAACCGCCUGGACCCGUAUGAGGACAGCAUGUUCAGCCUGAUGAGCACGUCCGCCCACGAUAAGCUCAAGGCCAAGACUGCGGCGGCGUACGGCGGGAAGGAGAACCUGGCGCUCGAGAUGGACGUCGACAGCGUGCUCACCGCCAUGGUUGACAAGAUCAGGGCCAAGUACAUCUCCAAGCCGGGUGUGCUGGUCCCGCUGGAUCUUGCGAAGAUGGCUCAGUACUUCACCCUGGACUCCAUCACAAAGAUUGCGUUUGGGGAGGAGUUUGGGUUUCUAGCCAACGAGAAAGACAUGCACGGAUAUCUCGGCAUCAUUGAGCAAGUCGCCCCGGUCAUGCACCUCUCAGCCGAAGUCCCUGCGCUUGCAAGGCUCAUGUCGUCGCCGCUGGUGCUGGGCUUGGCAGGACCGAAAACUACGGACAAGAACGGGAUGGGGAAGCUGAUGGGCCUUGCGAGGAACAUCGUUGGAGAGAGAUUCCGUCCGGACGCACCUGACCAAAGAGACAUGAUUGGGGCCUUCAUUCGGCAUGGGCUUAACCAGCGGCAAUGCGAAACGGAGGCCAUCUUUCAAGUCGUUGCAGGCUCAGACACCACGGCAACCGCCAUACGAGCGACAAUGCUGUACAUCAUGACCACGCCACGCGUGCGCGAUAAGCUCGUCCGCGAGAUCGACGAGGCAGUUGGGGCAGGGAGAGUGUCCAAGCCAAUCAAGAGUGUUGAAGGAGAGAGGUUGCCCUACCUGCAGGCCGUCAUCUACGAGGGCAUGCGAAUCCAUCCUCCCUUCGUUGGUCUCACCCUCAAGGAGGUGCCUCCAGGAGGCGACAUGAUCGACGGCAAGUUCGUGCCAGGAGGCACGCGUAUUGCACCGAGCACCUGGUCCAUGGCCCACAAGAAGUCCAUCUUCGGCCAAGAUGCAGAGCUGUUUCGCCCAGAGAGAUGGACCGAGGCAGGGGAGGAUCAAGCCGCGGAAAUGCGGCGGACCGUGGAGCUUAUCUUUGGCUAUGGCCGUUGGGCGUGUGCGGGAAAGCCAAUCGCGUUCCUGGAACUUAACAAGAUAUUCUUCGAGCUAUGGCGGCAAUUUGACUUCCAGUUGGUGUACCCGACUAGACCUUGGCAAAGCGUCAAUCACAACCUCUUCUUGCAGAAGGAGAUGUGGGUUAGCGUUGCCGAACGAGCCUGAAAGUCCCAGGUGAUCGUUCUCCAGUUGGUGUAUUCGGGCUCAUCCUUAGUUUAAUUAUAGCUUCAAUUUAACAUCACGUCAUGUCACCAUUCAUU